AUGGUGGCCCAACCGAUCGACCGCGACGCCGCGCGCGUCGUCAACGAGCGUUUUAAACUUCACGGCUUUUCGCUCACCUCGGACGCGAUCCGCCUCAUUUUAUCGCGAAUCGGCGCCUCGGGGACGCCGAACAGGGACGACGUCGACCGUGUGUUGAAGAUUAUCGGUCAAGUCGAGCACACGAGCUCGACUCUGAGCGCUGAGGUGAUCGAGCGGGCUUUCGCGGAGCGCGGAGCGGACGACUCAGUGGUCGGUGUGGGCGUCGACGUCGAUGACGAUGAAGCGAGGGCGACGGGGACCGAUCGAGCGAGCGCUAGCGACGGUCUAACGGUGUGUGACGCGCACGCGACGCGGCGGUACGCUUACGACGCGCAGAGGCGGACGUUUGAUGAGACGCGCAGAGCCGCGCGCGCCGCCGGGCAGGCGGAGAGUAAGAUCGACCUGUAUAGAGAUCGGUUCUUGCUGUUGCAGCAGCGACUGGCGCGGUCGAGACAGUUCGCGCGAUCUUCGUUGAAGGGGACGCGACGUGAGGAGGGGGCCGAGCUGUCGACGAUCAACUCUUUGCUCGGCGUGAGCAAGGAGAAGAAGUACAUCAUGGGAUUGCUGAGUCAGUUGGAGGACGGAGUAUUUUACAUGGAGGAUUUGUCGGGGACCAUUCGGGUCGAUUUGACGGUGUGCGAGCGCUCUAUCGGGCUCUUCACGGAAAAUUGUGUCGUAUUAGCCGCCGGGGAAGUUCGCCCAGACGGAGUGUUCGAGGUACUUGAGCUGACGUUUCCGCCGAGCGAGAAGCGCGCUGCGACGCGAGAAGCGACGAGUGCAAUUGACUUUUUCGGCGCCGGACACGUGAUUCGCCCGUACGAGGUGGAGGACCUUGAGCGGAAGGAGCAAGAGCGAGUCGGAGAGGCAUUUGUCGUACUCUCGGACGUAUGGCUCGAUCAACCGCGGACUUUCGAUCGGCUGGCAAAGAUGUUCGAGCUAUUCGAUGCACAAGACGACGUUCCAGGCUUGAUGGUCUUCAUGGGUGAUUUCUCGUCUCAGCCAUUCGGACCGACGCACUGCGACUUUCAGGCGUACAUCGAAGGGUUCGAAAGGCUCGCGGAGAUGUUGCAAGACUUCCCUCGGCUUCGCCAGGAGAGCCGGUUCGUCUUCGUCCCAGGUCCGGGUGACCCAGGCUUAAGUGCGGCGCUCCCGCGACCAGCUCUGCAAAAAUCUCUUGUCGGUUCCUUCGUCGAGAAGGUUCCUCGCGCGCAGUUCGCGAGCAAUCCGGCGAAGAUUAGGUACUUUUCGCAGGACUUAGUGUUUUUCCGGGACGAUUUACAGGCGAAGAUGCGACGGAACUGCCUCAUUCCUCCCGACGACGACAAGUUGACCGACAAGCAGGAGUGGCCCGUGUUUCAACACCUCGUCGCGACGCUGGUGCAGCAAGCGCACCUGUGCCCGCUACCACUGACGCAAAGCCCGAUAUAUUGGGAGUUUGAUCACUCGUUGUGGCUCUAUCCGGCACCGAACUUCAUAUUUUUGGGCGAUCGAAGCGAGACCCAGUGCGCGGCAAAGUUUGAUGAGACUUCUCUGAUGAAUCCGGGUUGCUUCGCGGAUGAUGGUUCCUUUUUGUUCUAUCGACCCGCGACGAGAACGUAUGAUUUCUCUGCUGUGCCCUAA